GUAUAAUCACAAUCAUAGCCACUUGGAAUCGUCACCAUGAAAGUUGACGAAAUCAUCCCAUUGCUCGGUAACUUUGGCCGGUACCAGUUUUUCGUUGUGACUUACAUCAAUAUUCUGAGCAUCAUCGGUUGUAUGACUACGUUAUCUAACGUGUUCUUCGCCGCCGAAUCAGAUCACUGGUGUCAGGUCCUUCCCGAUGAGAACUGUACCAGUUGGGUGGAGUUUCAAGACAACUGCACCGAUGCCAAGAAGGCGGUUUGUCUGCCUCCUCCCGAAAGAGAGAAUAGCAACUAUCAGUACUCCAGUUGUGAGCAGUGGGUUAUUCCAGAUGGCUACCAAUUCAAUCCGUAUGAUAAUCUUAACGGUAGUAGGAUUGAAUGCCAGAAUGGAUGGGAGUAUGAUACGUCACAGUAUAAAACCACAACUAUAACCGAAUUUGAUCUUGUGUGCGAUGACGGUGGCUGGGCGAGCUUGGCUCAGUCAGUUUACUUUGUGGGAUUUCUUGUUGGUUCAUUCACCUUCGGGACCCUCUCUGAUUGUAUGGGGCGAAAGAAAUCUGCCAUCAUCGGGUUGAUGUUCUGGGCUGUUGGCUUCGUCGUCACUACGUUCUCAGUCAAUAUCUACAUGUACGCUGCAUUCCGUUUCAUUGCUGCAUUUGGGAACAUAGGCGCAUACAUCUCCCUGUUUGUACUAGUUCUAGAAAUCGUUGGGAAGUCCUACCGCACUGCGGUGUCCAUGUUGGCUGGGAUAUUCUUUGCGAUAGGGUACUUCGUCCUGGCUACUACCGCCAUGUACAUAAGAGAAUGGCGUACGUUGUCGUUGGUAGUCUCUCUACCAGUAUUGAUACUGUUGUUUCCAGCUCCAUUUUUCCAGGAGUCCAUCAGUUGGUUGGUUUCCAAAGGGAAGAUUGAAGAAGCCGAGGAGACCAUCCGAAGAAUUGCAAAGUUCAACAAGAAGACUUUACCAGAUGUCUUAUUCACCAAGGAGGACAUCCAAGAACAAGCGGAAUCCAGCGAGUCGUCAGUACCACCGUCGGUCAUUGACUUAUACAAAACACCCAACAUGGCGGUCAAGACAAUCAACAUGCAGUACAACUGGUUGGUAAAUAGUCUGGUAUACUACGGACUGUCUCAGAGUACUGGGGAUCUUGGCGUGGAUGACUACUGGGCGUUUUUCGUGUCCGGUGCGGUCGAGAUACCGGCUCUGAUCUACGCUACGUUUGCAGUUGAGAAGUUCGGUCGUAAAUGGAACACCGCGAUUUUGGAGCUGAUCGGAGGGGUGGCCUGCCUGGCCACUAUUUUCAUACCCAUUGGAAUUUGGCGUACCGUUGUCUCCAUGAUCGGCAAGUUCUGCAUCUCAGCUACGUUCAGUAUUAUAUAUCUGUACACAACGGAACUUUUCCCAACCCCAGUAAGGGCUGUUGGUCUAGGGUUAUGCUCCGUCGCAGCUCGUGUUGGUGGCAUCCUGUCUCCGAUCAUCCUGCUACUUGGAGACGUCUUCGAAGCACUGCCUCUGAUCCUAUUCGGCUCCAGUGCGGUCGUAGCGGGGCUGCUAGCACUUUUCCUCCCUGAGACAAUGGGACAAAAACUGCCUCAGACGCUUAAAGAAGGAGAAGACUUCGGAAAAUGUAAAUGCAUGGGUGGUGGAACCGACAACGAAUCUAUCGUUGACUUGGAAGAGAUUGAUGCCUCCAAGGACGGUCUGGCCCUGACUAACCCCGCCUUCGAGGUCACUGAUGAGAAGAUGUCGGAACAGGUUUGAGAGCUUUCCACGCUACACGGCAAAGUUCUUAGAAAUAAUAAUCAGGACUAAAAACAACAACGACGACGGCAGCAGCAGCAACAAGAAGAAGAAGACAAACAUCAACAACAACAAGAAUUAUAACAACAAUGACUAGAACAACACUAAACAAAUAAAACAACACUAAAACAAUACAUGACAACGUCAAAAGACUACGACAACGACUUCGACAACGACAAUGACAACGACAAUGAUAACGACAAUGAUAACAACGACGACGACGACGACGACGACGACGAUGACGACGAUGACGACAACGGCACGACACUGACAGCGACAACAACAACGGCAACAGAAACGACGGAUUACUUUUUGCAUGUGACGUCAGAAGUUCCAACAGUGCCUCCCCUGAGGUCAAACGUUAAGAUCUAUUGAUGGCUGAUAGAGUGUGUGUGGCGCGUACACAUCGUGCGCGUUUCCAAUGUUUGUCAUGCAUAGUAGUGGCGGCCAAAAGACUAGAAGCUUUUAGCAGUUGCACAUCUAAUAUUGGCGUAAAUUUACAAAGGGAUUUCUAAAAAGUUAAGAUCAAGUAGGCACCAGAGUUAUUUUUUUUUUCAAUAGUAAUAUCAACAAUUUAUUUGUUUAUUUAUGUAUAACACAAAAGCUAAAACUCAAUUUAUAAAGAGAGUGUAUUUUUAUUGUUCACAUUUUAUUCAUAUAUAUAGUUUUAAAAAAAAAUAUCAGAAUAAUGUUCUUUGUUUGACGUGUUUUCCCGUUUUGGUUCGCGCAAGACUUGCACAUUCUACGGCUCUUUUCGAAUCAACGGCUUCGGCUUUGGAUUCGGCUUCGGGUUCCGUUCUCUCGUCUGAAGCCCAAGCAAAGCACGGGCAAAUAAUGUCAAAACAACCGCGGGCGAAGCCUGAGCCGAAUCUGAAGUCGAAGCCGUGGCUUCGAAAAGGGCAUUUACAAGAGCUAUCCAAUGUAAGACUUUGCACAAUUUCCCGGUAGUCCUAAAUUUGUGUAGCAGCAGAACAUGUUGAUAACUAAUAAUUAUGUAUAGAACAGCUUAUCAACCAAAACUCGAAAAAUUUUAAUAUCGAAAAUGAAACUCAUAAUAGGAGCUGCCAUGACGUCAUCAUCAAAGCUUUUCUGUUUGUUACUUUCAGAGGAUUUAGUCUCGCGACGAUUGAUGAUUUUACAGACAUAACAUUUUGUAUAAUUUUUGGGUCAGGGUUUAUAUUAUUAUACCUAAUAUCCAGAAUAAAAGAUAUUGUGAAUUAAAUUUCGUUAUUUUUUAAAACAUCAAUCAAAAUCUCUGAUGUUUGUUUCCUAAUAACGAUCUAACUUAAAGGAAAAUUAUUGCACUUUUGGUAAAACAACAAUUAUUUCAUUGGCAUAUCACGGGCACUCUGGCUUUCUGUGGUUGAAGCAGCGACACUUAGCCUAUAUAGAGGUUUUUUACAAAAGUCUUGUUACAAAAAGUAUUUUUUACAAGCGCAUAAGCGAUGUAUACAGAAGGAUUUUCAUUUUCAAUAUCAGUUGUGUUUUUUUACCUCGAGGCGUGGUCACCACAAACUACACACCGAUUGCCUAAAAUUUACUUAUAUCGUCCGGUUUUUUUCCCCAAAACGAAGACGAUGAGGGCCUUUUUAUUUGGUACCUGUUGCUUCUUUCAAAAGGUGGUUGCCAAGCAUUUUAAUUAAAGUUUGCACCAAUUGUUCAUUUUAAAUUCACCACUUACUUUAUAUAGUUGAAGUUCUUAACAUAUUAAAGUCACCUGGAAGUGGUAUUUUUUUU